CGUUCCCAGUCGCGUGGCGAUGACAGAGGAAUGCGAAGGUUCCGUGAAUUCAAUAUGGUAUCGUUUCACGAUGACACCAAAACUGUGAACACUGCUCGCCUUGUAUUCUACCCUCUUUUGUUUAUUACGACUGUUCUCUGGUUAAUACAUACAUGGCAGCGGCGGACCAGACUCUUCAAACUGGGCAAUGUUUUACCAGGACCGCCUCAUGUACCGUUCUUUGGAAACGCCCUUCUGGCAUUGGGCAAGAGACCAGACCAAUUAGUAAAUAUCUGUCUCGAAUACGCUGAUACCUACGGUACAGUGAUUCGAGGAUGGCUCGGCUCCAAGCUGGCAGUUUUCAUCCUGGAUGCCGAUGAUAUUGAAGUCAUCCUCAACAGUCAAAUACACAUCGAUAAGGCUGAUGAAUACAGAUUCUUUAAACCUUGGCUUGGUGACGGCCUUCUUAUUAGCACAGGUUCGAAAUGGCGAUCCCAUCGCAAAAUGAUAGCCCCAACGUUCCACAUCAACAUUCUGAAGUCAUUUGUGGGGGUCUUCAAUCAGAACAGCAAGAAUGUCGUUGAGAAAAUGCGAUCAGAAAUUGGCAAAACGUUUGAUGUGCACGACCAUAUGAGUACAGCUACUGUCGACAUCUUACUCGAGACUGCAAUGGGAAUCACAAGAAAAACUCAGGAUGAAUCAGGUUUUGAUUACGCUAUGGCUGUUAUGAAGAUGUGUGACAUUAUUCACCAAAGACACUACAAGUUUUGGUUACGAUUUGACGCGCUUUUCAAAUUCACAUCAUUCUUUGAGAAGCAGAAGAAACUCUUAGGUAUCAUUCACGGAUUAACUAAUAAGGUAAUUAAGAGUAAAAAGCAAACGUACUUCGAAAACAAAGCGAGAGGUUUUAUUCCGCCAACAUUGGAGGAACUGACUCGAACUGUAGAUGAUGAUAAUGUACUAGCUAAUCACAGCAAAACUGUGUCCGAUACUGUAUUCAAAGGAUAUCGUGAUGAUUUGGAUUUCAAUGACGAAAAUGAUGUUGGUGAGAAGAAACGACUUGCCUUCCUAGACCUUAUGAUCGAAUCUGUUCAGAAUGGAACACAUCAGUUAACUGAUCACGAAAUAAAAGAAGAAGUGGAUACUAUUAUGUUCGAGGGUCACGACACGACAGCUGCUGGCUCCAGUUUCGUCCUCUGCCUGCUGGGUAUCUACAAAGAUAUUCAAGCGAAGGUUUACAACGAGCUAUACGAAAUCUUCGGUGACUCAGACAGACCAGCCACCUUCGCUGAUACUCUUCAAAUGAAGUACCUGGAGAGGGUCAUCCUCGAAACUUUGAGGCUGUAUCCACCGGUACCUGUUAUUGCUAGAAAACUUAAUCAAGAUGUUAAAAUUGCAACAAACAGCUACGUUCUCCCCGCUGGAGCCACAAUAGUCAUCGGAAUGUACAAAGUCCAUAGAAGUCCCAAAUACUACAAGGACCCCGAUACGUUCAACCCUGACAACUUCUUACCUGAGAACUCAGCGAACAGACAUUACUACAGCUUCAUUCCCUUCAGUGCAGGGCCCAGGAGUUGUGUUGGUCGCAAAUAUGCCUUAUUGAAGCUCAAAAUCUUACUGUCAACAAUUCUGAGAAACUAUGAGUGCACAUCUACAGUACCUGAGAAAGACUUCAAACUCCUUGGUGACAUCAUUUUGAAGAGAUCUGAUGGAUUUACAAUUAAAAUUGAACCUAGAAUAAGGAAACCUGUAAAUGUAGUAUAGAGUAAAUCUAUUUUGUAGUUGGUAUGGUGUAACAAUUCUUUGGAGCAUUGUACAUUGUUAUUACUGCAUAAAUCGUUAAGUAUUUAUGUAGAUAAUAUGGAACAUGAUGAAUUUCGUGGUGUUUGUUUUCGCACCAAUUUCUAAAGGACUAAGUAUAACAGUAAUUGGUGACUGAAUAAAUGCCUCAAAAUAAACAUUAUUUUGAAAUAA